GCUGUCAUCAGUUUCGAUCAUCUGCCCAUUGGAUUCUUUGUCAGUUUGGUUUGCUGGAGAGAUAAAAUUUUCACCGCUGAUCUGCGUACGUAAUUGCUAUUUAAUGGGUUGGGCUCUGGCUUGUUCCUUGGCGACGACAGAAAUAUAAACGGAUGCGACUGGCGGAACUGGCGGUGUUGAAUCAGCAGUCAAAGUGAGACGGGCUUUUUUAUACGAGGUGUUUCUCGUAUUCGAGAUAUUGGAUCCUUGUCCACACUUUGUUUCCUUUUCAGCUGGCUGUCCUCGUCUUGGCUCAUCAGUGAUCUUUCGACUAGAGAUACUUGGUCUGGGCUAUGAAAGGAACUGAAUAUUCGUCAUACACUUCACCAUCACAGACGAGAAACGAGAUCUUGCUCCUCAUUCGGGGAUUAGAAACUCGUAAAAUAUCAAUCCCUCUCAAGCCGUGAUCUUACAUCUUAACCAAAUCGACCUCUUCAACCUGACUGAGAACGUCACCAAAAUGCAUUCCCACCAUCUCCUCACCCUCCUCCUAACCAGCACCCCUCUCACCCUCUCCCAACAAAUCACCCAACCCCCCUCCGUCUCCGAAUACACAACGGCCCUACACAUCGACAACAUCCGACGCGACCCAUCCAAUACACACGCCUCUCUCUCCUCCGCCGACGCGUUAUCCUACUGCCAGUUGAGCGAGCCCGGGUGCACAAACCAACUCAACAUCUACAGCAACUGCCAAUCGACCGAGCUAUUACACGGCCAUCUCCGCGUGCGAUGCCUGCUCCGCGAGUCUCGGCGCGCUGCCGUGGAGUCAGGGGGGUACAACGAGUACAACAACAGGAGGAGGAAAAGGGGGGACAGCGACACAGGGCUCAGCGGCGUCGGAUGCUGGGCCUUCGGCGACGCAGGGGGAGACGACGACUACGGUAUCAAUACCGACGGAGCCGUAUGCGGGAUUAGCUGGGACACCGACGAUACCGGGAGAAGUGGCGGCGUCGACGAGUUCGGGGGCUGCGGUGGGUUGGGGGUGGAAGAGUGA